GUUUUUCUAAACAGUCUUAAAAUCUUUAAUCUUUUCUUUGACUUGAACUCUCGUCAAGUUCCUCAAUUCCAUUCACCAGCGUUUUCGCCGUCUCGAAAAUUAAACACGAAGAAGAAAAUUAAAACCCCUUCAUUUCAUUUCUACGUGAAUUCAAAUACUUAUUCAAAUCAUAGUUCAGAUUUUUUUCAACGCCAGGUGAUAAGCUUGGCGAGCUUUUUCUCGAAUUAUAAGGAAUAUAAGUAAAUAGUUUUUUUCGCUUUUUGCUGAACGGUGAUAGUGGAUAAAUAGGUAGACGUGGACGUUUUUUCGUAACUUGGUUUCGUGUAAUUUGGUCUGAACGAGAUUCACUGUUGGUAGUGUAAUUUAAUGUUGUGUUUGAGAUAAGGUCCGUCCAUCGUGUAAAAAGUAAAAUAAAAUAAUUUCAAAAUGUCAAAGUGGAGAAGGCCAGCAACCAAAACCUACGACUACAAUUAUAAACUGGGGGAACACUAUUACAAGCCUCAGCUCGAUUACUUAGAAACCAGGAAAGGCCGAGCGAAAUCGCCACCUACGGCCAAGACUUUUGCAGAAAGAUUUGCAGAAGAUCCGAUUUAUGGUAAUUACAACGGUCCAAAUCUGCGCCGAGGAUAUGGAGGAGAUGUUUCUGGAGAAGGCAAUAUUCUUGGAAUGUCAAAGUUUGGCUCCAUGGAUGAUCUUGGGGCUUCAAGCAGUCGACGACAGCAACUGUUGUCAGACUUGAACUCGCUCAGGGCACCUUCGACGCCACGUCUGGUUGUGGGCGACCGGUUGUUGGACUCGGUUGGCGUUCAAGAGGGAAAACUCUCACAACCUCUGGCAUUGACCUCGACCCUGUUAUCUUCGGCCAAACUGCAAUCCUCGUCUGAUGCGAUGGAGCAAUCGUCAUCCGCCUCCACGAGGAGAAGGAUGGUUGGAUUCGCUUCGCAGUCUGCGGGGGCUGAUAUGGUGUCAGAGGAUCCUUUCAAAAGUAGAAUCAGCGCAAAGCUGGAGGCUGCAAGAAAACAGGCGGAUGAAAUGAUGGAUGACAUGAGUUCGGAAUCGUCAGUGUCACGUUUCCGAGCUCGUCUCCAGGCACGCAAAGAAGAGCAAUUGAAUAGACGAGAACAGGUUGCAAACAGCUUUGGGUUCACGGAUGACGAUGACGACACUGCUGCAAUCCGUUCACGGGUAGCGGCGAUUGGAGAACGAGCACGACAAAGACUUGCUCAACUGGAUGAUGAUUAUCCAGAGAUUCAAAUCGGAUCUUCCCUGGCGUCACGACGAGCUGCUACGAACGCAGCGUCUUCAUUUGCAGACGACGAAGAUAAUUCAAAGCUUUCUUCAAGGACAGUAAAAAUAAGUAAAAGAUCAGUAAGAGCUACUUACGACGUGGAGUAAUACAUUUUUCUGUAGUUUAAUUAUAUCAUCAUCAUCUAAUUAAGAUUCUUUGUUUGCACUCUUCUGUAAAUUCUUAUUUGCAAUCUUUAUGCUGCUUAUUUCCCUUAAUUAUGUCCUCCCAUUUCGAGACAUUUACUUGUCUAACGUCGUAUUCAAUUCAGACAUGUGUGCUUUUGACAUUUAUCUAAAAGUUUACACAUGAAAUAUGAAUAGACAACCUGAUAAUUCUUGUAAAUGUUCCUUAUUAUGAAUAAAUUGAAAAAUACAGCCUUAUCUGGCUUAA